AUGAAAUCGAUCAAAAAAUGGACAAAGAAGAUCAUCCAUCCAAAAGCGACCGUGGAUGAACCUGAGGAGGCACCCCCUCCGCUCCCAUUUCUCAACACCCCGGCCAUACCACCACCAACAGAAGCCUGCAAACAGUCUUAUCCCAACAACUACGGCCUCUUCGGACGACUCCCGCUGGAAAUCCGGCAAGAGAUUCAGGUGUUUGCAUUUGGCCAGCGCACCCUCCAUGUGGAUCUGAGGUAUCAAGAUGGAAUGGAAAUUCUAUUCACGACGAAUACAUUCCACUUCUCCGGCCUAGAGCUCCAACAGAACUUGUCUCGAUUGCUCCCUCCCCAAAGGCUAGCGAGUAUCUCCUCUCUAGUCCUGAUCUGGGAUCUAAAAAAGCCCCGUCAAAAGUACUACAGUGAGAAAAAUAACCUGGUCGGUGUACUCUGGGAGAGGGCCGUCACGGCAUCCCCCGAACCGCCGUCUGGGGCUGAUUCAACACUUCACGAGUUAUGCCGCAUAGUCCCAGAAACCUUUCCUAAUCUUCAUCACUUAUAUAUCUCCUUGCAGAGUCAUAUCGCACCACCGGAGCCGAAGAUCUUUGAAGAUCCUGUGGGCGAGGUGGAGAGGGUUAUCCUGAGUCCGAUUGACGAAGUGGUACGGGCUUUGGGACCGGGGAGGGAUGUUAAGAUUGCUAUCCAGCUUGGGGGGUGGCAGGCUAUUUGGCGACGGCGGUUGAAACGAAAUCCGGGAGAGGUGAUUGUCAAGUUUGAUGAACGAUCCGGGAGUCGACUUUGGAAGGGGCUUGGUGACGCCACUGGCCAGCCAGAAUUGGGAUAUUGGUUGUGCGCGGGGUGGGACGAUAUUGAUCGUAUGGGGCCGGUAUUCUACGGUGAUGUGGAUGUAUGGGGUGAAGAGAUAUCAGAAAAUUAUGUAUCUACACAUGGAUAG